CAUCAGACCGAGCAGUACUCGGAUCGGAUCAUCAUUUCUCGUUUGACCUCGUCGCGCCCGGGUCGAUCAGCGUGAGUCAACAGUUCAACACCACCGCCGCCGCCACCAUGAUGUCGCUGCUCGCCCAGCCAUUCUCGCCUCGCACCAACAGCUCGUUGGUCUUCAGCUCCUACGAAGGAGUCGCCGCCAUGGCGCCGCCAGCCUCAUCGCAGACAUCCACGCCCACCGCCAAGGACCGGCCGUUCGUGUGCGAAGAGCCCGGUUGCGGUCGCCGCUUUAACCGCAAAUUCACGCUCAGCGAACAUAAGAAAACGCACACAGGAGAGAAGCCGUACGUGUGCCCGCUGGUUGAAUGCAGCCGGCGCUUCAGCACGUCCGGCAACCUAGCGCGCCAUAAGCGCCUGCACGCUUCGCUUAAGCCCUUCGAGUGCGACAUCAACGGCUGCAAGCGCUCGUUCCCCAGUCAAGAAAAGCUCGAUCACCACAUUAAAAUCCACACCGGCCGGAGGACCCACAUGUGCCGCGUACCCGGAUGUACAAAGACUUUCAGUACGGCCGGCAACCUCACGCGCCACACCAAGAACCGGCACCCGGAACUGAUCCGGAGCACGUUUCCGGCGUAUCCGUACGCCCGUGCGAGCCCCGUGAACCGGCCAGUGCCGUCGUCACACUUCAUGACGGCCGAUAAUAUCGCCCAGGCCCCGUCACCUCACAUGAUCCCGGCUACCGAGCCGGUAACCAAAAUGGAGCCGGUGCCGGUGUACUCACCCGACUCGGUGGAGUUGGCGUCAUUUCAAGACGAGCUAUCAGCCUUCCAAAUGGCUUGCGAGCCACCGAUGCAGCCCUACAUUACAAGAGCUCCACGGGAUAUGGCUGCUGCUACAAUGGUGGAAUCUGGCGUGAGCGACAUCGCCCGCUGCAGUAUGAGCGUGCUAGACGAGGUGAUCGAGUUCGAGCUGACGAAGAACGUCUGAGUUGUAUAGGCUAUUAUUCCCCCCGUAAUAUUGAUAUAGUACAUGUAGACUUUGAUCCUUUGCCACUACCAUC